UCAAUGUGUUCGCAAAUAAGUCGCACCGUAAUUAAUUUACGGUAUACCUUCUUGGAGAAACUCAGUGAUUAGAAAAACAUAUUGGUUUUUCUUCUUUGAUCGAGGACUUCGACCUCAUUAUAUUGCUAUUCCUGUAAAAAAUUCAAUUACUGCAAUAUCUGUGACUUGUUUUGCCGGAAGUAUAUUAGAGAAUGUAAACAUUUCUCGUAAUUUCAAUACAAAAACGGAGAAGGACAAUAAUGGUAAAUGCAGAAGACAAAACGAUCAAAGAAUCGAAAAUUGAUAUUGCAAGGCCAACAGAUGGGGGAUACGGAUGGGUUGUUGUUUUUGCUGCAUUCAUGAUGAACUUCAUUGUUUUUGGAAUACUUAACUCAUCUGGAAUACUGUUUGUUGAAUUGUCGGAGGAACUCCAGGCAGGAAAAGCUGCAACUGCUUGGAUCAGUUCAAUAACCUUUGGAACUUUGUUUGUAUCGAGUCCAGUAUCAAGUGCAUUGUCCAUGCGGUAUGGGAGUCGGAUUAUUAGCAUUAUUGGAUCCUUGAUAGCUGGGAUCGGGUUUAUAUCUAGUGGAUUCGCUGAAAGUAUUUAUUUUCUGUAUAUCUCACUUGGACUUGUUUCAGGGAUUGGAUUAGGAUUGGUUUAUUUACCGUUUGUCGUUUCUGUUGGUAUCUAUUUUGAAAAGAGAACAUCUUUCGCAAUGGGUAUUUCUGUUUGUGGAACUGGUGUAGGUACUUUUGUAUGUUCACCGAUUGUGGAGGGACUUUUAAAUGAAUAUGGAUGGAAAGGUACAACUCUAAUUCUUGGAGGAAUAGUUCUUAACCUAGCAGUUUUCGGUUCUUUAUUGAGACCGCAUGUAAAACAUUUUGACAAUAAUCAAAACAUUUGUUUAAGUAAAGAGAGAAAUUCUCAUCCAGAUUUCUAUUCUGAACCCCAAAAUGUUGCCUAUGGUAUCAAUUCAAAUAAUUUUCUUUUCGAAGAAACAGAGAAAUGUCUUGCUAAUAAGCAAACAAGGCCGUCAGCUAUUUAUAAAAGUAAUUCACGUUUGAAGGAAAAGGGAGACUUAGACAAUUUACCAAAAGAACAUACUUGCACACGAAUCCUUAAGUCGGCAUUAUCAUAUUAUGAUUUUUCUUCAUUUAAAAACUUUAGUUUUAUAAUUUUUUUGUUUUCAAACUUUUUUAUAAUGCUUGGUAUGAAUGCUCCGUACAUAUACCUUCCUGAUCGAUCACAGGAAAAGGGUGUUAGUAAAUCUGACAGCGCCAUCUUUAUAUCCGUUAUUGGAAUAGCAAAUAUGGCUGGCCGCAUCGUGAUUGGCUGGUUUGCAGACCAAAAGUGGGUCAAUCGUCUGCUGCUAUACGGCACUUCAAUGGUGGUUUGUGGAACAGCUACUGUCAUCAAUCCUUUAGAUGACAGUGUGGAAUAUUUGAUGGUUUAUUCAGUGAUUUAUGGAUGGUUUAGCGGUGUGUUCAUCUGUUUGUAUGCAAUAAUACUCAUAGAUUUAUUAGGAUUACAGAAAUUUAGUAAUGCUUUGGGAAUUGUCGUAAUGGUGCAAGGAAUCGCAUCAUUUAUUGGACCACCUGCUGCAGGUUGGCUUUACAGCAAAACUGGAAAUUACAAUACAUCUUUUUAUGCAAUCGGCGCUGUGGAAAUAUUUGGUGGACUAUUGGUUUCUUUUAUACCAUUAGCACGCAAAUAUUUCAUAAAACAAACAUUAAAGCUAGAUACUGAAUGUGAGGUUAUAGAGAUACAUACUGGUGACAAUAGCUGAAAUCAUCCGAUUCUCAUUCGAAUUAACGAAAUCGAGCAUCAAGUACGGAUCCGCCAUUUGUAAUGAUUUUAAUAAUGAAAUUACCAAAUAAGACAUCAUCAAAAGCUAUAUUAGAGUCUUAUAUAACAAUCUCA